GGUCAUGCACUGUUGUAAUACUAUGCAGCUCGAAGCAUUAAUGCAUGUGCCUUGCCGUGAAGCUCGGAGAGCUGUUCCAACUUCCAACUGUUCCAAGCCAUAAACGAACCUAGUAUGCACAUUGGUGUUAGUAAAGUAGCUUUUGCUUGCGUUCACUGAACGCCGUUCAGCUGUCAGAUAUACUCAUACUCACAGUGUCACACUUAAGAGCUUUCGAUAUAAUAAUAAUUUAAGCUUGCCGCGAGUGCCGCGACUGUCUGAGUCCAGAUAACAUGUCCGUCGAUGCCGAGGACCCUGCACUCGCUCGCCGUUAUCCUGGACUCAGCUUGAAAGUAUAUCCCGAGAUUGUCACGAUGGUUCGGAGCUGCUCUGUUUUCUCGACUGCAGCCUUAAUGGAAAAAAGGAAUCAUCUUCGAUUCACCCUUGGAGGCGAUCCCAGAUCCAAGGGUCGCUGGUAAGCAUCUGAAAAAGUCCUCCCUCGGAGCUUCAAGAGCUUGUAGCUCUCUAGAGCCGUCGAGGUUGAGGAGACGCAAAAGGGAGUAAUGCUGGAAAUCGGUCUGCGAGUCGUCAGAGGCGGCGAUUGGAAGUGGAACGAUCAGGAUGGUGGUGAAGGCCAUGCGGGAACAGUCGUGGAAAUCGGUAAGCCAGUCUGCGGUGCUGGGAGCAGCAGCGGGGCCUCGAAUUCGUCGCCGCACGCCGCUAACAAGACGCCCGAUAAGACUGUUAUUGUGCAAUGGGACCACGGCUCCAAGAGCAACUACCGCGUUGGCUACCAGGACGCGUACGAUCUCUUCAUUUUUGACAACGCAGCGACCGGGGUCAGGCACUCAAACAUCAUUUGCGAUGGCUGCAAAAGCCACGGCAUCGUUGGCAUGCGCUGGAAGUGCUCACAGUGCUUCGAUUACGAUUUAUGCACUCAGUGCUACAUGUCGGACGUGCACGACAUCAAGCAUGCCUUUCAGAGGCUUCUCACCCCGAAUUCAGCAGGGGUGCAGUUGACCACCAGAGAGAAUUGUACAAAAAUAGCGCUAAAGGGAAUCUUCAUUGGGGCCAAAGUCAAAAGGGGGCCGGACUGGGAGUGGGGCAAUCAGGACGGCGGCCAGGGAAAAACUGGGAGAGUCAUAGACAUAAGGGGCUGGGACAACGAAAGCAGAUCUGUCGCUACUGUAACGUGGAGCUCCGGGAAUACCAACGUUUACAGAUUGGGGUAUAAAGGCUGUGUAGAUUUGUGUUACGUCGAGGAAAGCACCUGUGGCACGUACUACAAGGAACACCUGCCCCUAUUGGGUCAAUAUUUACCGACCGUCGUGGCACCUUCGAACGACAAUGCCGCUCUCAGUACAUUGAACGGAAGUAAUCCUUGUAACGCUGCAUUUGUCGUUGGAGAUAGAGUGAAAGUUGUGGUGGACGUCGAAACAUUAAGAACUAUGCAAGCCGGCCAUGGUGGCUGGAAUCCGAGGAUGGCCGAGUACAUAGGAAAGAUUGGUACUGUUCAUCGAAUUACCGAUAAGGGUGAUAUUCGCGUGCAAUAUGAAGGCUUUCACAAAUGGACUUUUCAUCCGGGAGCGUUAACAAUAGUCAAGUGUAAAGAACAUUUCGCCCUUGGCGAUAUGGUUAGAGUAAAAUUAGAUGCCGACGCGGUUAAGCAUUAUCAGAGAGGUCAUGGCGAGUGGAUAGAUGUUAUGAAACCUGCUCUAGGUAAAACCGGCAAAGUCAUUAAAAUAUACGGUGAUGGGGACUUGAGAGUACAAAUAGAUGGUCACACGUGGAUCUUUAAUCCGCUUAGCGUUACUUUAAUUCCAGCAGAUUUUGAGUCCAAGAGCGCUACUGGUGGUACCGAUCCUAUUACUAGAGGUACGGCCAACGAGCAUCCAGAGGUCGAAAAGGUGCUAAGAGAGGCGGCGAGAGGCAACGCGGGUAUUCCCGCAGUGAAAGAGUUCCUAAGGAAAUAUCCCGGACGGGUAGAUGCUCGAGGCGGGCCCGACGGCGGAAGGAAGACUUGCUUGCAGGUCGCUGCCCAUCAGGGACAACGGGAGCUGUGCGUUCUUCUUUUAAACGCGGGAGCCUCUCUCUUUGCAGUCGAUGAGGAUGGCGAUACGCCCCUUCAUUAUGCGGCUUUUGGCAAUCAACCGGAAAUAAUGGAGCUGUUGCUUGCGCGUGGUGCCGCGAUCGACGCGGUGAACAACGGAAAGUGCAGCGCUCUCCACGUAGCCGUGAACAAACAGCAUCUGGAUUGCGUGAAAGCGCUUAUCCGGCACAACUGUAGCGUUAAUUUGCAAGACUCGUACGGCGACACGAGCUUGCACGACGCUAUCGGGAAAGAAGCCGUUGCCAUAAUCGACGCCCUCUGCCAUUGCGAGCGCAUCGACUUUACAUUGCGCAACAAGCGUGGCUUCAACGUUCUACAUCACGCCGCGCUCAAGGGAAACGCGCACGCUAUGAAAGUACUGGUGCAGCGAGCGUGCCAGCUGAUCGACGUGAAAAAGGAGGAUGGCUUUGCAGCCCUACACCUGGCUGCGCUAAACGGGCACCGGGAAGUAGCAAUACUAUUAAUCACGGCGACGGGUGGUCGAGCACGGAUAGAGUUCCGCAACAACCGCAAGCAAACCCCGCUUCACCUAGCCGCCUCCCAAUUUCAGUGGAGCGUAGUCGAGCUUUUGGUUGUCAACUACGGCGCCGACAUCUCAAGCACCGACGAGGACGGCGACACGGCCCUCCACUUCGCCAUAGCCAAGUGCCAGUGCCAGGCCAACAGCGUCACUGUGCCCAGCUGUCGCGACGCUCCCCUUUUGCACGCGAUACAUCAAAGCUUGAUGCAGCAGGGAGUGAGAACGGAGCUGACUCUCGCAUGCUUCUUGAUGAGCGUCGAUAGCAGUGGCCUGAUGUUUGAGCAAGCAAAGAACUCCAAAGGGCUGACGCCUCAGGAUCUUUUGCUGGCUGACGCGACGCUUGCACCGUUUGUUAACGUCGUCAAAUCAUACCGGCAGCAAUCCCACGGUAGCAGUAACAGACCGGUCUCCGACAACGACAGCUCGGAGCCGCCGAUUUACCAGAUCGAAACGGCCCCGUCGCAGCCCACGAGCGCGGACAACGAAAUGUCCAUCAGGAGCUCGACUCAUGCCCCUUCGGCCGACUGUAACACUUGCCAGAGGCGCUCUGGCGCUCCCAAUCCUGUCAAUCAGGAGAACCAAUUGGGUCCAGGCGAGAGCGGCGGAUCGAUAAACUGCGCGCACUGUGGUUGCUCUUUUGGCAAGCCAACGGCUGUACUGCAAAAUUCACACUUGAACAGGGAGGAGUCGGAGGACGAGGUUGAGCGAGAAAAAGCGAAAAACGCGUAUCCGGACAAAAAUAAGGAUGACAAGACGGUGAAGGACAAGGAUUUGGAGAGAUUGCGGUACUUGGAAACGAGAAUAGCAGAUCUCGAGGAGGCGAAUAUGUGCAGUAUCUGCAUGGAGCGUCGACGUAACGUGGCUUUUCUCUGCGGUCAUGGGGCCUGCGAGCAUUGCGCGGCACCUUUGAAAACGUGUCAUAUGUGCCGCCAAGCCAUUACUAAAAAAAUCAAUUUGUACUGAAGAGGCUCUCUGGAUGUGUGAGCUUGUUAAAAACAAACAAUAAUACAUGCGUCUUUAGGUAUUACGUAGAAUUAAAUUCGUCAACAUCACGUUAAAUUUUUGUUUGUUGAAUACUGUGUUUAAUCUUCCAAAAAAUUUGUUUGGUUUAUUAAUAAAAAUUUUUUCUAUAACGACUGAUAGUUAUUUGUUUACUCCGUACUCAGUAUUCAACAAACGAAAAAAAAGUAAAUGGUAAAUGUUGUCAUGUAAUCAAUGACCGAUAAUGAUCGAUGCAAGUUUUAUAGCCCCCAUAACUGGAAACUGCCAAAACACUUUAUAUUAUGAAAUUUCAAUUUUUUACCGUAUCUACGUACCAUAUCGUGCCAUAUGAUUAACAAAUUUAGAGAACAUUUGUAACGAUUUCGCAAGGUGCAAGUCGAUGCGCUAUUUUAUAAGUAACCAUCACGUUUCCCGUCAAUAUAAAUAGUUGAAUAAAUUCCGACUUCCGACAUGCGUUCUCAUAUUUUUCUUGUUAGGACAUAGCCUUGUCUUGCUGUUGACCCGCAGUUAUAACCGAAGUUUAUAAAUCAGCGCGUGUGACGACAUUAUUAUGUCCUUUCGGAUAAACUUUUUGUUAGAUGUAUUUGUGACCCCAAAAAAUUAUGAAUUUAAUAAAUAGUUACAAGAAAUUUGUAAUACCUAACAUUCGCAACUCAAUAAAAGCGGCCUUGACGCGUUUUUCGCAGCGCGUCAUAUCUUCUGCGACAUAUCCCUAUUUUAUUUGAAUCAACUCAUCUAAUGAGGUUGAUAAUUUUUUUGCUAGAACUUUUGGUAAACAUUGGGAUGACAACCGUCCACUCAGUCUAGCUGUGUACCUGAACAAAAAUAAUAAAUUUUUAAAAAAAAUGUGUAAAAAAGUAGGGGCUGCGCAUUCCAGAAGUCGAGAAAAAAAUUAUUAAAAUACUCUUCAAGUCAUUCAAUGAUUUUUUAUGGCUUUAAGGUUUAUAGAGAUAUUAAAAUGACUUUAGCCAACUUUUAUGUAUCAAGUGAAGGUUUCCGAUGUAUUAUUAAAAUAAACUUUACCUUACGAUAUAGGCCUUUUUAAAAACUGGCUUCUUGAAAAAGCUGGAAGUAAAAAAGUGGUAUACGCACAACACUUGUUACGUCAGAGUCUUUUAAAGUCAUAAAAAUUUCAAAGUCUCAAAAAGACUUUGAAUUUUUUUUUUUUUUUUUUUAAGCUUUAAAGCGUAUGCUACCUCUUGGGCACAGACUACGCCGAAAAAAAUAUCAGUCGUAGCUUAUAAAGCGAUAUCGUUGAGAAUUCAGGCGUGAAAAAUAACAAACUCGACGGGUCCCAGGCGUUCCAAUCGGGAUGGUGUACAUGAUGUAUUAUUUUUUCAAGAAACUUUUAAAUUUUCUUAGAACCACUUUUUCAAAUACUGUUUAUUU